AAAGGCACUUUUCCCCCAAAUUUGUUCUAGCAGGGGCAGGGCAUCGGGUGAAAAUGGUGAUGUGGGUAUUCGGGUACGGUUCAUUGAUCUGGAAAGCAGGGUUUCACUACGAUGAUCGCCUUGUUGGUUUCAUCAAAGAUUAUCGUCGCGUCUUCUAUCAAGGAAGUACUGACCACAGAGGCACGCCACAGUUUCCGGGAAGAACUGUUACUUUGGAACCUGCACAGGGGGAGGUUUGCUGGGGUGUUGCCUACAAGGUGUCGAGGAAGGAAGAUGAAGAAGUGGCAUUAACGUAUCUUGAAGUGAGGGAAAAACAAUAUGACAAGAAGGCAUAUGUUGAUUUCUUCACAGAACCAUCAGCUUCAUCACCCGCUGUUACUGGGGUAAUGGUAUAUAUAGCAUCUCCAGACAAAUCCAACAAAAACUACUUGGGACCUGCUACAGUUGAAGAGAUUGCCAAGUUUGUGCAAAUUGUCCUUGCAGAAGGACCCUCAGGACCCAACAGAGACUACCUUUUCAACCUUGAGAAGACAUUGUUACAGAUGGGAUGCAAGGACGAACAUGUUAUGGAGAUUGCUGACAAUGCAAGAAAGCUGAUUUCAGGCGUUGAAGAGUGAAAACUGAAAUCUUGAUUAGAAUCUGUCAUAAACUGCGUAUCAUUGUUUUUCAGAGUAAACCCAUUGUUACAUAUUCUGAACCAAUAUCCAUUAUUGGGUAUCGAUUCAAACAGGGUACAUGAAUUUGAUUAUAGAAUUUUUCAUGCACAUCUAUGUCUAAAAUAAUGAAUAAAUUCAAACAAAUAUCCGUAUGGUCUUUUUCA